AUGCAUUUCUCCCGGAUACUCGCAGUCUUUACUGCCUUAACCUGCGCCUCUGCAGGCAGGCUCUCUCCCAAAACCUGUGUCAUCCCAGCCUCAGGUACCAACGAGACCGAUGACGCCCCGGCUAUUAUUUCAGCGUUCAAGCGGUGCGGGCGCGGCGGAAAAGUCGUCUUCAAGCCAACGACCUACUACGUCAACUCCGUCAUGAACAUUUCCUGGCUGCAAGACGUCGACAUCGACCUGCGCGGAAAUCUUCUUUGGAGCACUGACAUCCACUACUGGCUCAACAACUCGCUCGAAGUCGGGUACCAGAACCAGUCGACGGCGUGGAUUCUGGGAGGCGAUAAUGUUCGCAUCAACGGUCAUGGCGUUGGCACGCUCGAUGGCAACGGCGACUACUGGUAUGAGUGGAUACAGGAGCAGGAGAACACGUCAAACUACCCUGGACGGCCCAUUGCUCUGACGCUGAACGGGUUGACGAACUCGGUUGUUAAAGGAAUUAACUUCCUACGGAGCCAGAUGUGGACGAUGGCGAUCAUAUACUCCCACCACGUCGAGUUUGACAGCAUCCUGGUAAACAAUACUGGGAAUAGAGUUGAUAGCUCCAACACCGAUGGCGCGGACACAAUCCGCUCGUCACAUAUCAGUUUCAACAACCUGACCGUGUACAACGGCGACGACAGCAUCUCGUUCAAGGCAAACAGUACAGACAUCACACUGACAAACUCCCACUUCUACAACGGCCUCGGAGUCGCGAUCGGCAGCAUCGGCCAGUUAAACGACCAGUUUGAGACGGUCGAAAGGAUCCGGGUGGAGAAUGUUUUCUACGACAAUACGCUCCACGCUGUCUACUUCAAAACCUGGACCGACGAUCAAAACGGCUACCCGCCCAACGGCGGCGGCGGCGGCCUAGGCUACGCCUCAAACAUGCUCUUCAAAGACCUAACCGCCACCUCGAUGCGCGGCUCCGCCGUCGCAAUCUCCCAAUGCACGCGCUUCAUCGGCGCCCCCGGCGACGGGAACUGCACGAACUCCCAGUUCCAGAUCAAGGACAUCACCGUCGCGAAUCUGCACGGCACGACGGAGUCCGAGCGCGUCACGAGCUUCCAGUGUAGUGCUGUCGCGCCGUGCACGAACCUCGGCAUGUUCGAUAUUGAUUUGGAGUUUGGCAAUGGGACGAAGGCGGAGGAGUACCUUUGUGGAAAUGUGGAGAGGCCCAGGGGGUUCGAGUGUACGGGGUCGGUUUGUGAGGGGGGGAGUUCGACGGGGGAGUGUUAG